CCCACAUCAACUUGUUGGCCUCCUGCUCCUAGCGUCAACGCUCUCCCAUUUAUAUUCCCACGCUUCCCCACUUCGUCGUCCAUCGGAAGAAGCUAGAGACGGAAGAGAUUUUGAGAGCGAGAGAGAGAAAGGGGGAAGAUGAAGCUGGUUUGGUGCCCGGAAACGGCCUCCAAGGCGUACAUCGACGCCGUAAAAGCCUUGGCCGACCGUGAUCUCGAGGAGACCAACGUGGCGGAGCUGGUAGCCGCCAUGGCCGGCGGGUGGAAGGCGCAGCUCAUCGUGGAAGCCUGGGAUCACGGCGACGGGGUAGCCACGAGCCUCGGCCUCGAGGCUGCCGCCCGGCACACGCGGGGGCGGCACGUGUGCGUGGUCCCGGACGAGCGGUCGGCGGCCGAGUACGUGGAGGUGAUGCGAAGGGCGGGGCUGCCGGCUGCGGAGCCGGCGGUGGUGGUUGGGGAGGCGGAGGAGGUGAUGGGAGAGAUGCAGGGGGUGGACUUCAUGGUGGUGGACUGGCGGCGGAGGGAUGCGGCAAAGGUGCUGCGGGCGGCGAGGGCGGGGCCGAGGGGGAUGGUGGUGGUGAGGAAGGGCGCCGGGAGGAUGCGGAGCGGGGCGGCGGCGAUGGCGGCGGGGACGAGGCUGGUGAAGUCGGCGUUCCUUCCGAUAGGGAGGGGGCUGGAGGUGCUGCAUCUUGGGGUGGGGAAGGGGCCGAGCUUGGGCAGCGGUUGUGGCCGGUGGAUAAAACAUGUGGAUCGCGACACCGGCGAGGAGCAUGUAUUCCGGCGUUGAUCCGUCAUACUUGAAGAUUUCUCUUUCUCUUCUUUUUUUUUUUUUGCUGGUUGGUUUCCAUCAUCUCCUAUUUACAAGAUAAAAAAAUGUAUUUCUAUAUAACUUUUUCAAAUGCUUUUGUAACAUAUAUAUUCAGCUAAUAUGGUUGUAAAUUUUGCUGUAGAUGUAGAUCAUGGAAACCCAGCAGAAAGAAUGGCUGUUGAGUUAUAUUAACAAGGAACUCAUCAAGAUGUAUAUUGAUUUAUUAUGUGUAACUUUGA